AUGAUCUUGUUCAACGUUCUUCUGAUUGCCAUUACAUGGCAAAUAGCUCUUGGUGCUUCAAAUGCUUGUUCAAGCAGUGUAACCAUUUCCAGUCAAAGUGAUGCCGACAAUCUGACCAGCUGUGAUACCUUUGAAGGAAGCAUCACAAUUUCCUCUUCAGUAAACGGGGCAAUCACACUCAAUAAUGUGGAAGAGAUUAAGGGCUCGUUCAUCGCUGAGGGUGUAUCGGGGCUCACGAAGCUAAUCACCCCUGAUUUGGACACUCUUGAAGGGGAAUUAACCAUAAGCAACCUCGCUUCAUUCGACACCCUAACCAUGGGUGCGCUAUCACGCGUAUCUUCAGGUAUUACCAUUACAGGUAAUCCAAAACUGAAAACUCUUGGGUUUCCGGAGUUAGAAGAAGUCGACGGGUUGCUGGAAUUGACCGGUUCAUUUACAAGCGUGUCGCUCCCUUCACUCGAUCAAGCCAAAGGACAAACAACAAUUAAAGGCACCAGCUCUAUGUCAUGCGGGAGCUUGAACGGACUACAAUCUCAGGGUGUUUUCCAAGGCAGCUAUUCGUGUGUUGCGGGCUCUGCUAGUCUCAGUGGAGGAGCCAAGGGUGGGAUAGCAGUCGGCGUGAUCUUUUUUGUUCUCCUGCUUCUUUUGGCUCUUUGGUUCGUACUUCGGCGGCGUCGACAGAGACGGAGACUUGGGGCUACUGAGCCGACUGAUUCUUCUACAUCAACUACCAUGGUCCAAGUCGAAAAGGGUUCGCUUCCCAAAGAAAGAUCAUCACCGGCGCGUGAGGAGCCGAAUAUUAUGCCUCGGAAGCCAGUGGGGUCAGCCAUACUCUUGGACGGUCGCUCAAUCCAUGAGGCUCCUAUAGCGGCCACGCCUAUCCAAGAAUGUCACGAAUUAGAUGCAGGGCCAGUUUUGAGCUCUCAUCAGCGACCUAUACAUGCGGAACAGGAUGAUACCCAAGACUCAGUGACGAAAAGACAUGAUUUGGGAGAACAGGAAUAUGGCCAUUUAAGACAGCCUUGA